AUGGCUUCGAGCUCUGCAGUUUCCGCUCUGUGCGUGUUGCUGCUGGUCUCAACAGCCAGCGCCCAGCUUAACUGGGGGCGCGCACAGGACUCCUUCCUGUCGGGUCGACGCAGCUGUGAGAACCAGGGCCACUUGAAGAUCGAGAAUGCUGCGACAUAUUGCUGCAAAAUCAGUGCGGUUGCCUAUCACUGUCUUGCUGUGCUAGGGCUCGAGAACCAGAAAUCGGCGAUUGUGGAGCAGUCGGGAAGCGGCUUUGAAUUCAAGACGGGUGAUCACAAGGGUGAAAAUCGGGCAGAGAUUGAGUGUCACUUUGUCAACAACAGAGCCACGAUGGACGACCUGACGGAAAAGUCUUGGCUCUUCAGGACGGCCAACGAGAGCUACACACCGGAGCUUCAGCAACCGACGAAGGUGGCUGAAACAUACAUCGGCGGCUACAACAGUGCCGGAGUCCUGGCAAAGGGCUGGAAGGAGGAUCCCAACUACCAGAUGACUUUGGCAGGAUUGAAGGAGUGGAGUCAGGCCUUCCUAAAGGAGUUCCCUGCCUACCGAGCCACCUCAUGGAAUUGCCAGAAAUACUCCGUGGGAGUCUACAAUGCGGUCACACAUUCCGACAAGUGGGAGAAGCAGGCCGUCCUCUCUGGCCUCGGCAGGCCCUUCGAGAACUUGUUCAAAGGCAGUACACGAUCAAGUGCCAGCAGUAACAUCAACGAAGUCGUCGGUGAUGUCGGCAAGAAGAAAUAA